CCAGCUUGCACACAUUGUCAACCAAACCUGUUUCUGGAAAGAAGGGAGGUCAAGAGCAUAGAGAAUAUGUCAGAACUGGAAACAGCCAUGGCAAUGCUCAUUGAUGUCUUUGACCGGUAUGCAGGAUCUGAAGGCAACAAGGAGACUCUGACUAAAGGGGAACUAAAGACCCUGAUAGAAAAAGAGUUCCCAAACUUUGUUAAGACUGGGCAGAAUAAUGAUGCAGUUGAGAAACUGUUCAAGAACCUGGAUGAAAAUGGGGAUUCUCAAGUGGACUUCAAUGAAUUCAUCAUCUUCGUGGCUGCCCUGACUUCUGCCUGUCAUCAGGGCUGUCACAAGAAAGGACCUAAAUGAUUUUAUAUCAGCCAACUACAGAUGACAGAAUCUUACUGAUAGAAAUACUGUGCUAUUUAGAAUUAAAAGGCUUUGUUUGACAAGAA